CCGACGAGGCAGGCGUCAAGAUGGCGGCGUCCGUUGCGGUGGACCUGCAGCCUUUUCACCUGGAGCAGCUGCCCAUCGACCCGUUGCUGCUCAUCCUUAGUCUUCUGGAUUAUAGGGACCUUUACAGCUGCUGUUGUGUAAGCCGUAGAUUAAAUCAGAUUUCGAAUCAUGACCCAUUGUGGAGGAGCCACUGUGAGAAAUACUGGCUUGUGUCUGAAAAUGAGAAAUCUCAGAGAAAUAAGAGCUGGAAGGCAAUAUUUAUGGAUAUGUAUACUGAUUUAGGAAGGUAUAUUCAGUAUUAUGCUACACUUAAAAAAGCCUGGGAUGAUUUGGAAAAAUAUCUAGCACAGCACUGUCCUCGGAUGAUUGGCUCUUUGAAAGACAGUGUGCCGGAGGAAGACCUGGAUGCUGUAGAAGCACAAAUUGGUUGCAAACUCCCUGAUGACUAUCGGUGUUCAUUUCGGAUCCAUAAUGGACAGAAGCUAGUAGUUCCAGGUUUGAUGGGAAGUAUGGCACUUUCCAAUCAUUAUCGUUCUGAGGACUUGUUGGACAUUGACACAGCAGCUGAUGGUUUUCAGCAGCGGCUUGGAUUGAAACAAUGCCUCCCGUUAACCUUUUGCAUUCACACUGGAUUGAGUCAGUACAUGGCUUUGGAGAGCGUGGAGGGUCGCAAUAGUUAUGAGAUCUUCUACCAAUGUCCAGAUCAAAUGGCCCGAAACCCCUCUGCAAUUGAUAUGUUUAUUACAGGUAGUUCUUAUUUGGAAUGGUUCACCUCCUAUGUAAACAGUGUAGUAACUGGAGGCUAUCCCAUCAUCAGAGACCAGAUAUUCAGAUAUGUCCAUGAUAAAGAUUGUGUCGCAAGAACAGGCGACAUUACUGUUUCAGUCUCUACAUCAUUUCUACCUGAACUCAGUUCUAUACAUCCACCUCACUAUUUCUUCACCUACAGAAUCAGAAUUGAAAUGUCCAAAGAUGCACUUCCAGAGAAGGCUUGUCAACUGGACAGUCGAUACUGGAGAAUAACUAAUGCCAAAGGUGAUGUAGAGGAGGUUCAGGGCCCAGGAGUUGUAGGAGAAUUUCCAAUAAUAAGCCCUGGCCGAGUUUAUGAAUAUACUAGCUGUACAACAUUUGCCACUACAUCAGGGUAUAUGGAGGGAUACUAUACAUUCCAUUGUCUCUACUACAAAGACAAGUUUUUUAAUGUCACCAUUCCUAGAUUUCAUAUGGUUUGCCCAACAUUCAAGGUAUCCACAGCACGCAUGGAAACCAAUCAUAAUGAAUGUGCUAUGGAUGAGGAUGAAGAUUCAACAGACACUGAUGAAUAUGAAGACAGGCAUAGAAUCUCGAGAGUGGCAGCAUCCCAAGUGGGCCUCACAGUGCUCUCCAGCCCCGGGAACAUCUUCCCCUACCAGGACCAGGCAGAUGAUGAUGCCCUUGAGGCGCAGAGCCCUCACCGCUGCCAGCAUGUUGGUGCUAGUGUGUGA